AUUCUAGCACAAUGAAUGGACCCAGUGUGGCAAAUACUUCCCCCAGUGUGAAAUCCAAAGAGGACCAGGGAUUAAAUGGGCAUGAUGAGAAGGAAAACCCAUUUGCAGAGUACAUGUGGAUGGAGAAUGAAGAGGAUUUCAACAGACAGGUAGAGGAGGAGCUGCAGGAGCAAGACUUCUUGGACCGCUGCUUUCAGGAGAUGCUAGAUGAGGAAGACCAAGACUGGUUUAUUCCAGCACGAGACCUGCCUCAGGCCAUGGGACAGUUGCAGCAACAGUUAAAUGGACUAUCAGUCAGUGAUGGGCAUGAUUCGGAAGAUAUUUUGAGCAAAAGUAACCUGAACCCAGAUGCCAAGGAGUUUAUUCCAGGAGUGAAGUACUGACUCAGGAGAAAGCUUCGAGGAGGACUUACCUGUCCCCGCAUCUGGGGAUAGUAAUGCACAAAAGGGCAGAGCUGAAGAGGGGAUGGGGUGGGCAAGGGGUGCACAGCCGGGAUGGGGAAUGGUGGUUAGAUGGAUACUGUGACUCUGAGUAGCUAAUGUGCUCGGUCUUAUUAUAAGCCUCUGAGUAUUUAUUUCUCUUUUGUUCUACUGACUUUCAUUUGGAGCAGUUUCCUAUUUUGUUUUGAAUUAGCUCUUUUAAGUUAAGGAAAUUGCAAUUUUUUUCUUUUAUCAAGAAAGUCCUGCUGUCUGUGUGUAAGCAAAAUAAGCUGACCAAGCAAAGCAGGGUAUUUAAGAAAUACCCUUCUCACCUCUCGUAUGCAUACCCAGGAGCAAGGAAUACCAGAGAUCUACUUGUGGAGUCUGUUGAGCCAGAUGGGAAGGGGGGCAAGCUGAAGAAACAUAUUGCACAAACCAGAAUAGGAAGCACAGCUGCCACGACCCACAGUUUCCACAGUGCACUCAGUGCCCCGCUGAGUUCCUGUCUCCCUGCUCUGAACCCCAUUCCAGAAAACAGAGUUAAAGUUCUUGGUUUAUGGUAGCUCUUUGAUGGUUGGUGAAAGUUGUAAAUCAGAGGGGGAGGACUGUCAUAGUGAUUGUCACUUUAGUCAUUUAGUAACUGUUGUCCUAUUUUUUUUAAUUGUGUGUGUGUGUGCGUUUGUGUGGUACUGGGGUUGGAACUCAUGACCUUGCUCUUGUCAGACAGGCACUUAUACCCCUGAGCUAUCUCUCCCUGGCCCUGUUGUCCUAUUCUUAAGCCUCUGUUUGCAGCUGCCAUUAAACCAUUACCAGGUGAAGGAGAACUUAGUGUUGAUUUUCCACAUAGACUCAUAGUAUCUAUUCCCCUUGACUCUUUUCCACCCGAGGCCUAUUGUUUCUAAGGAAAGAUGUUAACAAAAUUAUAUGAGAGGCCUUCUGGCCAUCAGCUUAACCUGGAGAAAGCAUCCUUAAACCUUGUUUUGUCUUACAUUUUUAGGACAACUUUUUAUUUUUUUAUCAUCAUCAUCAUCAUCAUCAUUGUCAUUUUGCAACCCAUGAGCACUUGGUUCUCUUGGUAUCUUAAUUUCUUCAAAAAGGUUUCUGCACUUUUUCAAGGACAUACUUUUUUUAGGACAGUAGCAAGAAGCUCAUUACACAGUGUGUAUACUUCUCUUCGCCUUAAGAGGAUUAUGCAAAAGAACUCAGAAGUGACUUAGUCCUGCUUGCCCACAUGACUAAACCCGAUCCUCUGGGAUAGUCAAAGCUAUUAUCAAAUGUUCCUGUUCCCAUAUACCCAGAUUUUGAGUUUUCUAGGUUGACCUCUAUGGGUGUGUUCCUGUUGUCUUCCUUGGAACUAACCUGGGCACCCAGAGCUGCCUUUGUGUACAGAAAAGUAGAUGACGGUGUCAUAUGUGAAAGAGAAUGUGUCCUGUUCUGGUCAUGCUCUUAGGACAAGGACUUGCAGAGGUUUGAGAAGGUAGUGGCCUUUGUGUGACUGCUACUGGGCUGUGCGGUAGGCCUAUAAGGGAAAAAUCACGUAAUUUGAAAUAAAGUCGAUGUAAAUUCAGUAUGUAGAUGUAAGACAGAGGUUGGUUGGAAGGAUUAGGGUCUGGAAAGUGGAAGAAACUCUUGCUCUUAAGAAGCCCCUUGUUGACUUGGUCUUUUAGUUGUUUUUUUGUUUGUUUUUUUGUUGUUUUUUUUUUUGCAGAAUUGGGGAUUGAACUCAGGACCUUGCACUUGCUA